AUGGGUAUCACAAGAUCGGCUCGGCAUAAGAGGACAAAGACAGGUGGCAAAAGGUCUAUUAUUCGAAAGAAGAGAAAGUUCGAGCUCGGCCGCCAACCCGCCAACACCAGGCUUGGCCCCAGACGUGUUCAUUUUAUCCGCACUCUAGGUGGAAAUUCUAAGGCUCGCGCUUUACGCCUGGAUGCAGGUAAUUUCUCUUGGGGUUCAGAACAUGUAACUCGGAAGACUCGAAUCAUUGGAGUUGUUUAUAGCGCUCCUAACAAUGAAUAUAUCCGAACCAAUACGCUUGUCAAAAGUGUCAUUGUCCAGAUUGAUUCCAGUCCGUUCAGGCAAUGGUACGAGGCGCACUACGGGAAGCCUAUAACUGAGAAGAGAGCAGCAAGGGCAGCAAAAGCAGCAGCGGCAGCAAAGGCUACUGCUGCCGUCCCGGAGGAAGUCAGCCCUCGCCUUGCGGAGAAAUUUGCGGAGCGCGAGGCAUUGUCCAAGAUUGAUCCUUUGCUCGAAGCGCAGUUCAAUGCAGGUCGGUUGUACGCUGCUAUAUCCAGCCGACCUGGGCAGUGUGGCCGCGCUGAUGGCUAUAUUGUGGAGGGGAAGGAGCUCGAGUUCUACUUGAGGAAAUUGAAGGCCAAGAAGCAUUAA